AUGGAUCCCAUCAGAUGCAGAGAGUCAGUUUGCAGGAGUCUGUUUGGCCCGGUGGACCGAGAGCAGCUGCGCCGGGAACUGACGCUGAAGAUGAGGGAGAUCACGGAGCAGGACAGCCGCCGCUGGAACUUUAACUUCCAGACGGAGACUCCGCUGCAGGGCAGGUUUCAGUGGGAGGAGAUCCCCGCAGAGUCCACAGCUAAUGUCUACCAGGAGUCCGAGCAGCAGAGAAGGGAUGUUUGUUCUGCACACACUGAGGAAGAAGAGGAGAGGCUGAGCGCAGGGGCCGACCAGGAGAACUGCUCCAGGGUCUCCAACACACGGAAGUGUCCCGCAGAGGGGACGCCCGUCCGGAGGAAGAGGACGCUCUCAAAGUCUGCAGCCAAGCCCAGGAGCAAUGCACGAAUUACAGAUUUCUUCGCAAAAAGAAGGAGGACCACAGAAACCAAGAGCAUCCUCAGUCCUUUCCACACAAGUUCCAGUGAAGCUGCUCUGUGCAAAACGAUAAGAUGAUCAUGCUUCUGGAAUAAUGGACUCUUUUAUAUGUAUACCUAAUGGAUUGGAUCAAAG